UGAGCGAAAGCAAGUCCGCUUGGACGGUGGAAAGCAGUGCUAUCUUAGAUGCUAAAUAUUGAACACGUGGGACUGUUGUGACUGCAGGGCUUAUAACGUGUCCGCCAUCGAGCACGGGGAGCAGUCGGCCGGAUCCCGUGGGGGAUGUAGUCUGAAACAUGAAAGUUCCAGCCGUUAUCUCCGCGGCGUUCUUCAUUGUCGUGGUACCUAGGGCAUCACUUAGCCAGUAUUACGGAGAUCAGAAUCAAUAUGCUAUACCCUGGCCUUUGCUCCUUUCGAGGGGAGGCGAUAUGAUGAGUGGAAGACCACAGCACGGACAGAACCUUUACGAUGGUCAGUUCAACGACAACGGAUUCCCGAGCACAGGUUGGGAUGCCGUGAUCCACUCGAACAACGGAAUCGGAGACAACAUCUUCUACCAUAGCGGUCUCCAGCUCCGGAACCAAGAAAUCCCGCAAGACUCGUGGGGAGGCAGCAAUCUCUUGGGAAGAGGGAAAGCGCGAGGUGGGGGAGGGGUUCAUAACCCAUUGCCGGUUUACCAGCCAUGGGUGAACGUAAUAGGGUCGUACAUCGAUGGUGUAAAUACACCCACUGUUGUCAGAGGCCAAGUAAAGCUUCGACAAAAACGGCAAGCAGAAUUUGAUGACGAUGAAUACUCAAGACGAAGAAGGAAGCAGCGACGCCGAAAACGCCCGAAAAGACCUCAUAGGGGCCAGGAGGGUAAUGUGUCCCAGCUCGGUGGGGGAUCAGUGCUUGGCAAAGCUCGUCGCUGUCCCCUAAAAAAUGGGGGUGAGCCAUUGCGCUUCAACCUAAAGGUUGGUCCUUCGAGAAGAUAAAAGACGACGAUUUUGUUUAUUUUAUUGUUCAAAGGACAAUAAAGA